CUUUCAGCGGGGGAAAGGAAGCUUACAGAAAUGGAGAUGAGAGUGGUGGAAGACAUAGCCAUAGGACGAAACCUCACUCCUCCGAUCCUACCUAUCGCCGCCGCCCUCCACGAUUCCUCCCGCUUCUCUCACUGCUCCGCUUGUUUUUCUCCUCUCCAUGAUUCUCCAGAUUCCCAAAGUGCCCCGCUACACUUCCUCCGCUACUGCUCCCGUCGCUGCUCCUCUCUCGACUCUUCUCUCCACUUCUCCUCCGCAGAAUUCCAUCUCCUCCGACACUCUCCUGCCCCCACUUUACCCGAAACCUCCGACCUCCGCCUCUCUCUCCGCCUCCUCCACCUAUUCGAGACUCUGCGUCUCUUUUCCCGCGACUCGGCAUUGGAUAGGAUUGGAGGUUUGAUGACGAACCGCGCGGAGUUGUUGAGGAAGGAGAUUCAGGAGGAUAUGGAGACCUGCGAAGAAUACGAAGAGGUGUCCGAGAGGAUUAGAGAAGGCGCGAGAGCUAUGGCGGCUGCUAGGAGGAUGCGAGACGGUCUGAAUUUGGAGUCAUCAUUGGCUGAAGAUUGCGCGGUGGAGGAGGCUGUAUUGUGUUUGGUGCUAACUAACGCCGUAGAGGUGCAGGAUAGGACUGGGUGUAGCGUGGGGGUGGCUGUUUAUGGUCCAAGGUUCUCUUGGAUUAACCAUAGCUGCUCUCCCAAUUCUUCUUACUGGUUUUCAACAGUUCCCAGCUCAGGAGCUGCAUCAUCCGGGCUUAUACACCCGAAGCCCACAGAUGGUGAUAAUAGAAAUGGAAGUGAGCUGAUCAACACUAAAAUUAGUUUCAAAUUCUUAUCGUCACUAGGAAUUGAGGAAGGAUAUGGCCCCAGUUUGAUUAUUCGCAGCAUAAAGAAUAUUAAGCAAGGAGAGGAGCUGCUAAUAACAUACACAGACUUGUUACAACCUAAGGUAGUAAGGGGAUGAGACGAUUUGACCUGUGGUUAAAGUAUCGGUUCCUUUGCUGUUGCAAUAGAUGCAAUGCAGAUCCUAAGACGUAUGUGGAUCAUAUUUUGGAGGUGAUGAAAACAACUCUCCACCUUCACUUGGAGCUUGUCUGGUUAAGCUUAAAGUGUCUGAAGUGGCUGAUUGGCUGAAUUUGGUGAAGUUGUUGUUGUAAACUUAUAGUGGCUGAAUUCACUAAAUAUGAAGUUUCUUUCACCAGUCAUGGUUGUCCAACCUCGACCAUUACUAGCAACUUCUGUGGGGAUUUUAGUUUUACCAACAAGAAGUUGGUUGCACGGUUUGAUGAAGCUAUAGAUGAAUUCCUUGCAUCGGAUAACUCCAUAUCUUGUUGUUCUCAGCUAGAGAACCUGCUAAUUCAUGGUUAUCCUACUGAAAUGACAUGUGAAACUCUCAAGCUUCACCCGCUUCACCAUCUUUCUUUAAAAGCCUAUACAACACUUGCCUCAGCCUAUAAAGCCUUAGCAAGUGACUUAUUGGCUUUCAACCCCAUGAGUGAGAAGGAUAAUUUGAAGGCGUUUAGUUUCAGCAAAGCCAGUGCUGCCUACUCCUUAUUAUUAGCUUGUUCGACCCAUCACUUGUUCCUCUUUGAGCCUUCCCUUAUAGUGUCUUAUGCAAAUUUUUGGACAAGUGCAGGUCAGUCCUUGCUUAGUCUUGUGGAAGGAUUUUCAUCAUUCUCAAGUCAAAGCUGUAAAAAGUGCACCCUUCAGAAACACAAUUUCAAUGUGGAACUUCCGGAAAUAAGUAGACAGUUCUUGAAUUGUGUCUCCGAUUUGAUACCAAAAGUUUGGCAUUUUCUUUCCGAGGAGGGUAGGUUUUUGGUUUUGGUCAAGGAUCCCAUUGAUUUAAGAUGGAUUGAAAGUAUGGGGUUUUCAAUAUUGGCUACAGAUAAUGCCAGCUCGGAAUUGAAAACGAAUGCUGAAACUGAAAGUGUGGAUUCUACUUAUGUGAAGACAUGUUUAUUUCAGGUUGGUUUUCAUUGCGUAAUAUAUGGAUCGUUGUUGUCAAGUCUAUGCUCCGGUCAACAAAUUACACCAUGAAUACAAGAAUGCAACAUGUCCGGGUUAGCUAUAAACGACAUAGUGCAGUUAAAUUUUCUACUAAAGUGAAAUAUUUAUGUGAUGAAAAAGCUUGUUUCGUAAGCUAAAAUUGUGAAGUUUAACCAAAUUAUGUAUUUCCAGUCCCUACUUUUAAAUCAUCCGUUACUCUGUUUAACCAAAUUA